UUGAAAAAUAUGAUAAAUUGAUAAAUCAUAUUUAAAGCUUAUUCUAAAGAUAAAGAAAAAACAAGAAAAUCAUAACCUAUAAGAAAAAUUUGUCACUGGUCAUACAUAUAAGUAAAAAAUGGCAGCAACAACUUUUCAUAAAUUGGUUUUAGUAAUUGGAUUUUCAUCGUUAUUUCAUGCAGCUUAUUCUGCUGCUCAACAUCGCAGUUAUCUUCGUAUUACAGAGCAAGAAUUCUAUGCCUUACCCGCAGAUAUUGUAAUACAAGGAAUUGUCAGUUUAUUUGUGGUCAUGUAUGGUGUAAUGUUUAUAGCUGGUGAUUUCAAAGAAAUUCGAGCAACUGUUGAAUUAGAAAACAAAUCAUGGGAAACGUUUAGAAAUAUAUCAUCAUUUUAUACAUUCAAUCAUCGAGGAAAAGUGCUUUCACCAAAUUUUAUACCUUCACAAAAAGCUUCACUUGAAGAAUUAGAAUAAUUUUAUUAUAUUUAUAGAAAGUU